UCGUUCUCGAUUACCGGUGCUCUCUGUAGGACUGUCCGCGGCCGUAAUUUAUAAUUAUCUGUACAAAACUGUGGCCAGUUGAUAGUGGCCGCGCGUGUGAGCAGAACACCAUACUUUUCCUCGCGUUUUCAAUUGGAAAUGAUAUUGGAUAUUAUAUUUUAGAUAUUCUAUAUAUUUUAUUUUUGACUGUGGAUGUUUUUUUUUAGUUUAUUUCGUGUCUUUGAAUCUCCCUACCAAAUCUAGGCCGCAACUCAGUCCUGGUGCCACCUACGAGUAUUUUACCAUCGACUGGAGAGAAACAUGGGGGACACAGGCAGUGAACGAAGCAAGCCGCCCAGUAUCCCACCGCGCUGUCCUUGUGGAUUCUGGGGGUCCAGCGAAACCAUGAACCUCUGCUCUAAAUGUUUUGCGGACAUUGAGAAGAAGCAGCCAGAUGUGGACUGUGCCUCGAACCCCCCUCCCAGCUCCAACAGCAGCAGCAGCAGCCAGUCAAUUGUAUUCUGCAGCGAGACCAGCAGUAGCCAAUCCCUGUCGCUGUCGGUCAGCUCAGAGGAGUCGUCGCCAGAUGACACAGAAGCCACACCUCGACACGCACAAGAGGCGUCAGAAUCAGAAAACGACGCAUCCCCAGAGAAACAGGCGCGGGUACAUGACGGCACUGGGUCUGGGGAGUCGUCUUCGUCAUCAACAUCGUCAUCAUCCAAGCAGAGGAGCCGACGGCGCUGCCACCAGUGCCAAAUGAAGUUGGAGCUGGUACAACAAGAGCUGGGCUCCUGCCGUUGUGGCUACGUGUUCUGCAUGCUCCACCGGCUGCCGGAGCAGCACGACUGCCUCUUCGACCACCUCGGGCGUGGGCGCGAGGAAGCCGUCCUCAAGAUGGUCAAGCUGGAGCGCAAGGUGGGCCGCUCAUGCCAGCGCAUUGGCGAGGAGUGCUCCUGAACAUACCCCUCCCUUAACCACAAGAGGGCGAGGAAGAGGAGAAAAACAGACUGACUCCCAGUUUGCCAAACUUUAUUCAGGAGUGUGCAUUUGUACAGUUCCCAUUAUCAAACAAUAUUAUGUAAGUUUAGGAUUCAUGUGACGCAUUGGCUGCGUUGUUAAUUCCAUGUGCGAAAAUGUGUUAAUUUAGACUUAAUUCAGGGAAAUUAUGGAAAUGGCAAAGCAGGUAAAUACAACCCUAAUAUACCCGUUUGUCCCCAGUGCCCCACCUUUUGACUAUGCUCAUACCUCAAAUAAGCAGAAGAAGCACUGCUACUUUGUGUACCGUGGCAAGGGACUGCUAAAACCUCCUGUCUAUUGCUUCCUGGUUUGCCAAACUCAUAAUAAAGACCUGAGUCCCAUCAUUUCUCAUGAAGUUCCCUGUAGAUAUUGAACUGAGGUCAGUUUUUAGUUGCGGUCAACCCAGGAUACGAUAAGGAUAUGAUGCAGGGGAGCAUAAAGGGGAAGUUCACCCAUUUCUGAAAGAGGGGAAUCAAAAAUGUAUUUUAAUAUGGGUUGGUUUGUUUUAUAUCAUGCUUAGACACAUUUUCAUAACAAAUUGUAUUGAAUUGUUAUGAGUUAUAAAAUACAUAUAAUUAUAAAACAAUAAUUUCAGGGGCAACUACAAGCACAGGAAUAGUGAAAAUAAUACUACAUGUAAAAAUGGGUCAGCUUUCUUUAUCAGCAUAAGGGGCUGUUAUCACCAACCGCUCCCUCUUUUUCAGCCCUUCUCUCCACCGUUCCAAGUGUUUUUUGACCAAUUAUCUUUAGGCUCUUCUUCCCAAAUCUGAAUUUACCCCUCCCAUACCUGGAUCAGGGUAUGUGGGGCAACUCUGUACGCUGAUUAAAAUGCUUAGUCAAAGUUCAGACAAUAACACAUCUGAACAAGCCAGAUAUUCUGAAGAACAAUAUCAGUUUUGUUCACAUUUGUUUUUGUGACUGAAUUAGAUUAGGUACCCUGUUUACAGGAUUUUGUCUUGUUCGAAGCAAAGUUCUCACUGCGCUGGCAGAAUAAUUUUUGCUUAAUUCAAGCAUUUUUUAUUUGUGAGGAAGCAUUUUUUGCAGUUUCUAAAAACAGUAUCCCUUUGCUUCACUAUUCUUCUUCCCUUAUAUUCAUUACCACCACUACCUCAAGUAGUGGGAGAAUACAAUGAGAGGGGUUUAUAGGGGAAGGGCAGUAGGGGGCUGGACAAUUGCAAAGCUCAAACUAGCCCAAGUCCCUAAGCCUCUGACCUUUGGCCUCCAUAGUUGAGGCUGCAGCCAUGCAGGAUGAAGAACUUAAUUUCUUGACAACAGGCACCAGUCACUCCCAGGUUAGGGGGUUGGGAUUCACAAUGGAUCAGUCUGUCAGCGAUGUAAUUGCCUCUAGCGAGCCUCAGUCACUGUGGAAACGGAAAGGCAGGAAACGUACUCACUGGCCGUGAUGUUCAGGCUCCUGGUAACGGACAGACUUAAGGUGAUGACAUGGACAGAGAAAACAAAGAGUUAUCACAAGAUUGUUCUGUGCCUCCUAUGGAAUCUGUUGGCCCCUGCACAGUUCUCACAUAUACAUAAAAAAAACGUUUUAACAGACAGUUCAUGUGCUGAGCAUACAGACAGUUCAGGAAAAUCUAGUGGUACUCUUUGGACUUUGCAAAAUUUGCAGAGCAUCAACAAAUUGCUGUUGUUCAGGUCUUGCUCGAUGUUACCCAUAAUGUCUUAGCCUUGGACUUAAUUUCCUUCCAGGACCCACUGUUUUCUUUUUUUUUUUCUGGAAAGUCUCUGCCUGACAAUGGCAACCUGACCCCUUUGUGGAAUAGGAAUGCUCUGGCAUCUCUCUCAUACACUCACUCCAGCCUGCCCUUGGCCGUUGCACCCAACCAUCUCUCUUUUUUCACUUUCUCCCUUUUGUUUCCGGCCAGCAUGUCUCCCUCUCUCACCCUCCUUUCCAUUAAUCAAUCCUUCCUCCUCAUUUUUUUACAAAGCAUUGAUUUUCUAACUCACUCUCUUGCACACACACUUUCUUUCUCAUCAAAUACAGCAAACCCUGACUGAGAGCAGAUCGCGGGUGACCACAAGGGGUCGGGGGCAAAUGGGGAAAAAAAUUGUCAGAGAAUAUUUCCUGCAUCUUAAAGAAAAUAAAUCCUUGUUUAACCUUUUGGGUUUUCUCCUUUAUUUUACAUGCAUAUUAGCUUAAAGCUUCAGUUGAUUUUGGUUAACGUUAAAAAAAAAAGCGUAUGAGCAUUCUGUAGCCUUUGUUUCCAUUGUAUAUUUUGUGCUCUUUUUUGUUACUGAAAAUUAAAAGAAUAAACUGGA